ACACCGAGAGAAGAGAGGCAUUGAGGGAGAGACAGAGAUGAGAGACACUGAGAGACUGGAGAUACCAAGGGACAGACAGAGAUGAGAGACAUUGAGGGAUCAGAGACACCGAGAGGCUAGAGAUACUGAGGGAAAGACAGAGACAAGAGACACCGAGAGGCUAGAGAUACUGAGGAAGAGACAAGAGACAGAGCCAAGCCCCCCUCAGCGCGGUCUCCCGUCUCCAACAGCUGUGUCCCGACCCCGACAGAGACCAGCGGAGACAGGGGAGAGCCCAGGCCAUGGCAGAGGUGACAGCGGGCCCCGGUGCCCCACUCUGGCUGCAGCACCAGUACAUCUGCUCCGCCUGCGGCCUGCUCUACGACACCCUGGAGGAGGUCUUCCUGCACCAGCAGCAGCACGCCCAGCCCAGCCCCGAGGAGCUCCGCCCGGCCAGCCCAGCCAGCGGCUCCCUGCCCCAGGAUGGCCACUUCCAGUGCCUGGAGUGCUCCGAGCUCCUGCUGUCUCAGGAGGCCCUGCUGGCCCACCGGGACGCCCACACCCAGGACUCCGACCCUCCCGUCGGCCCCCUUCAGGGCCACGUCCAGUACCACUGUGGCGACUGCGAGGAGCUCUUCUUGUCCCCUGACCUGUGGCUGGCCCACUGCGAGGCCUGCCCCGCCCCCGAGGAGGCAGAGCCGCUGACCCCCUCGCCUGUGGCCACGAUGGACCCCUACGAGUGCCCCGAGUGCGCGCAGCUGCUGGACACCCCUGAGGAGUUCUUGGAGCACCAAGGGACCCACUUUGCCUCCCUCGAGAAGGAGGAGGCUGACGGAGGAGAGGAGGAGGAAGGGUCCCGCCCAGAGGGGGCAGCAGCCGAGGACGAGGGAGCUGCCCACGUCCGCCAGUGUGGGGAUGGCCAGGGCGCCUGGGGAUCGGGGGAGGAGCUGCGGCGGCCCCGACGGGCAGCCCGCGCCCCAGCUGCUGCCCUCCAUCACUGUUCCCAGUGUCAGCGUGGCUUUAGCUCUGCCAACCGUCUCCUGGCCCACGGCCGCGCCCACGUUGGGGGCACCCACGAGUGCCCCGCCUGCUCCAAAGUCUUCAAGAAAGCCACCUCCCUGGAGCAGCAUCUCCGGCUGCACCGGGGCGAGGCACGCUACUUAUGUGUGGACUGCGGCCGGGGCUUCGGGACAGAGCUCACGCUGGUUGCCCACCGCCGGGCCCACACGGCCAAUCCCCUGCACCGCUGUCCCUGUGGCAAGACUUUCAGCAACAUGACAAAAUUUCUCUACCACCGGCGGACCCACGCGGGAAAGAGCGGGGCACCCCCGCCACCACCUCCUGCACCCCCACCACCCCCGCCCCCACUGCCACCCGCCGCCUUGUCUUGCCCACACUGCACCAAAGCCUUUUCCUCCGCAGCCCGGCUAGCCAGGCACCGGCGGGCCGUGCACUCCCCGCCUGAGCGGCGGCACCGCUGUGGGGUCUGCGGGAAAGGCUUUAAGAAGUUGGUCCACGUGCGCAACCAUCUGCGCACGCACACAGGCGAGCGGCCCUUCCAGUGCCAUGCCUGUGGGAAGACCUUCGCCUCGCUCGCCAACCUCAGCCGCCACCAGCUGACCCACACGGGGGCUCGUCCCUACCCUUGCCCUGACUGCGGUAAGCGAUUCACCCAGAGCUCCAACCUGCAGCAGCAUCGGCAGCUGCACGGCCGGUCUGCAGCCUUCUCCCGGGCCUCACGCCUCCAGGCACGUCUGGCCACGGUCCGGAGCCUGUACGGGAAGGGGGCGGCCGGGCAGCGGCGCCCCCGGCACGGCCACGUGGGGCGGGAUGAGCCCAAACCCACCGCAGCCCCCCACCCGCCAGCCCCAGCCCCACAGCAGACCGUCAUGUGCACAGAGCUGGGCGAGACCAUUGCCAUCAUCGAGACUUCGCAGCCCCUUGCCCUGGUGGACACGUUGCAGCUGUGCCAGGUGGCACUGGGGGCUGGGGGGCUGCACCUGGGAGGGACAGGUGGAGCUGGGGGACUUCUACACCUGGACGCUGCUUUUGUGUGACAGGCUGAGACAAGGCAAGGCGGGGCUGGGUCCUUAAUAAAUGAGUUUGCAUAGAUGUCGCUGUGCUAAUGAACUAGAAAUUUGCCUUCUCCACAUGAUCACAGAUUGAGGAGGAGAGAAGACUGUGCCACCCUCCUCUUUCAUAGGUCAGGAAAUCAAAGCUUCCAGAAUCUAGUGACCUGUGGGAGCUAAACUGAGCCCCUCUUGUCUGCCUCAGGUCUUCAGCUUUUGGGGGACUGAGGCUGCUCACACCGCAGAGCUUGUUUCUCCAUUACCGGAGGCCAGGUGGGCGUCCUUCAGCGUUAUGGUGGUCAUGGUCCCCAGCUGUCCUGGGAGAUUUAGUUUCCGAGGCCCUUCCUGGGCACAGAAAUCAAGUGAGUUAGGAUACCAAAGAGCAUCCGCAGUGACCCCACAGAGAACCUCAGCGCUAGCUCGCCUGGUCUACAAGUGGCUAAACCGUGCUCAAUCAGCUCUUCCUCCUGGCCUGACUGCCCAGAGCAGCCCGUUCCCUGCUGGCCCCGUGCCCUCUCCCGGAGGAACAUCCCCAGGUCGCUGGAAGUGGUAUGAUGUGGUUUGGACCCCCUUCUCCUCUCUGCUCAUCUCUCUUGCACCCUGGGGUUUCCAGGAGCUUCAGGUGCCUAGUCCAAACAAGAACCUGAAAUGUGAGUGCUCCCCACCUUGCCCUUCCUGGUGAGUGACCAGCCGGCCAAUCCUGUGCCCUUCAGGCUACCAGCUCACAAGUGCAAAGGAGAAUGAGGAACUGGGCCCUAAAUCUGCAUCUAGGGAGAGGGGGUGCUCCCAAGAGCGUCUGCCUUGGGAGAAGGCCCAUGAUGAAGUCCUGAGCUGACCAGCCCAAUGGCAGGGGGAGGGCAGAUGGCAUUCCCAUUUUCCAGAGAAGGAAAUCAUCUUCACAUCUGGCAACUUGAGCAGGCCGCCCUUGUGAGGAGAACCACCGUUGACCGUCCCUUUCUGCUCUCCUCCCUUCAGCAGAUGAGGAAACCUCACAGGGCAGAGCCACUCAGCCAAACCCAGGGGAUCCACUGCACGUGGGCGGCUGAACAGACUGGUUCCAGCCCCCCUCCCAGAGGCACUCCCUUCAACAACGAGCACCCCUGCAGCAGUGUCCAAGGAACGCCACUCUAUAGAGAAAACCCCAAAAAGUCACCCGUCAGUCCGUCAGUCACCACGCUUACCAAACACCUGCUACAUGCCCAGUGCCGGGAUUCAGAGAAAGGCAAAUGGCCAUCUCUGCCCCAAGCUGCUCAGUCACGAGGCAGACGGGCAAAUGAUGUCGUCAGAACCACACUUCUACUGGCUAAGUUGGGCGUAAUGUAAGGCACCAGCCCUGUGGGAGGUCAGGGAAUCUAGGGGUGCCAGGAGGCUGAGUGGGCCAGGCCUGGGCACGGCCAGUGAGAAUGCCCAGUCUUGUGGAGGAAUAGCAGCCAGGAGGGCACUGUCACUAGAUGGAGACUGGGAAGGUUGGAAGGGGACAGCUUAUGGAAGGCUUCAUUUAAAAGCCCAACAGGGUUAUUUUUGUGUUUGAUCGUGGAGCCGACUGGACGGCUGGAGGGGAGAGGAUGACUUCCGGAAGAUCAGUCUGGCAGUGGUCGGGGGGGAGGCGAUGAGGACCUGCACCAGGGACUCCUGGGUUGGGAGCCUGGUGCUGCCUUUUACCAUGACAGAGAAGCAGGGGGCUGACACGGUCAGUUGGGGACACACUGAAUUUAAGACGUCUAAUAGGCAGUUGGAGACGCAAGGUUAGGAGAGGGGUUAAGGCUGGACAAAUCUGAGAAUCGUCUAUAGAGAUGACAGUUAAAACCUGGAAGGAAACACAGCAGACUAUGCUGGGGAAAGAGGCCAGUCAGAGGAGAGCCAGGAAUUUGAAAAUGCCCAGAAGAGGGGCCCCCCAGCCAGAGGUUGCAGAGGGAAG